AUGGCUCGUGGACUCAACGCGGCGCGCAAGCUGCGCCUCAACAGGAAGGACCAGCGCUGGGCGGAUCUGGGAUACAAGAAGCGUGCUCUGGGAACCGCCUUCAAGUCCUCCCCCUUCGGUGGCUCCUCCCACGCCAAGGGCAUCGUCCUCGAGAAGGUCGGUGUCGAGGCCAAGCAGCCCAACUCGGCCAUUCGCAAGUGUGUCCGUGUUCAGUUGAUCAAGAACGGCAAGAAGGUCACCGCUUUCGUCCCCAACGACGGUUGCCUCAACUUCGUCGACGAGAACGACGAGGUCCUGCUCGCCGGUUUCGGUCGCAAGGGCAAGGCCAAGGGUGAUAUCCCCGGUGUUCGCUUCAAGGUCGUCAAGGUUUCCGGUGUCGGUCUGCUCGCCCUGUGGAAGGAGAAGAAGGAGAAGCCCCGUUCGUAA